CAAUACUCCACGUUUUUGCCCUGUGGCGCCGGAAACGCAUUUAGGACAAGAAGAAGAAUAUAGGAGGUAAAAUCGUGUGGUUGAAGGGCCAAGACAGAAACUAAGACAAAAUCAAAAAGAGAUACUAUCACAAUGCUUCCCCUGUCUCUGCUGAAGACUGCCCAGAACCAUCCUAUGCUGGUGGAGCUGAAGAACGGAGAGACAUACAACGGUCACCUCGUCAGCUGUGACAACUGGAUGAACAUCAACCUGAGAGAAGUCAUCUGCACUUCCAGGGAUGGAGAUAAGUUCUGGAGGAUGCCUGAGUGCUACAUCAGAGGAAGCACCAUCAAGUAUCUGCGAAUCCCCGACGAGAUCAUCGACAUGGUGAAGGAGGAGGUGGUGUCGAAGGGCCGCGGUCGGGGAGGCGCCCAGCAGAACAAACAGCAGGGCAAAGGAAGAGGAGGAGCCGGCAGAGGUCUGUUUGGCGGUCGUGGCAGAGGAAUGACCGGCCCUGGUCGAGGCCAGCAGCAGCAGCAGCAGCAGCAGCAGCAACAACAACAACAACAACAGCAGCAGCAGCAGCAGCAGCAACAACAGCAGCAGCAGCAGCAGCAGGAUAAGAAACCAGGCAAACCACAGGGAAUGAAGAACCAGCACUGACAGAUAACAUGGCACCGUCAACAGCACAUCCUCUUAUUCAGAGCAAUUACUCCUUCAGUACAUGAAGAUAAAAUUAACUCUCUGGUGUUUUCUUCUGCUGAGCUGUUCGUCAGGACUGACCAUGGCAAAAAUCACACUGGGAGAAGUUGAGAGAAGCUGUGCAUUUGCACUGAGUUUUGUUUUGUUUUUUAGCAUCUGUAAGUUGGUGUUAACAUUUUUUAUAACCAUAAACCAGUGUAUCAGUCAGAGCUCAUAAACCUCUCCUCUAGUAUCAAUUUGUAAUAUGUAUCAUUACAACUUUACAUUUUAUAUAUAUAAAAGGUUUUCCCUCAGUUGGUACACUGGAGUGAGGUUUUUAUGUUUAGGUUGUUUUUUUUGGUCGUUUGCUUGUCAACUUGUCUCCUCAGGUGUAGUUUUCAUUGGUGAAGAAACUGCCCAGCCCCAACUUUUGUUGCAUGAAUAUUUUUUUUUAACUUGCUCUUUAUUUCUGUGUUGUUUGUGACGUUCUGUCGUUUGCAACCUUUUAGUUUGGCUGCUGCACUGAACAAUGCGACCACAGCAGGUGAUAACAGUAGACCAGCAGUCACCAGAUGACGAUUCAGUCCCUGAAAAUGAAUACACUUUUGUUAAAGCAUUUGUAAGACAACACAUAAUGAUGCUGGGGGGGAAAAAAAAAAGGUUUCUCAUGUUCUUAAGUCUGACAUGGAUGAGUCCAACAUGUGUAAAGUUGGUCGGGUUUCAUUUUAUUUUUGUAACAAAAGACGAUGUUGUAAUUUAUUUACAUGAGAACAUGAGAAUAAAACAACUUUUGUUAA